AUGGCUUUUAGUUUUAAAUCUUCUAAGUACUUGCUCAUAGCCCUUAACUUACUCUACUUAGUUGUUGCUUUCAUUCUUGUUGGCGUUGCUGCGUAUGCCAGGCUGAGCAUUUAUGUGACGAGCGUUCAUAUUGUUGGCGGUAUUAUAGCUUGUGGAGUCUUCCUUUUUGUGCUUGCUGUAGUUGGAUUGUUGGGCGCUAUCAAACACAACCAGCCAAUAUUAUUUUUCUAUAUAAUCCUACUUUUCAGCCUCUUUCUCGUCCAGUUUUCUGUAGCAUGCGCUUGUCUGUCACUCUCCAGUGAUUAUCAAAAGAUUUUAGUUGAGACGGCGUGGAAACAAAGCUCCAAUAACUCAAAACUAACUGUUAUGACGGCGUUUAAAUGUUGUGGUCUCCAUAAAGCCGAUCUGCUUCCAUCUGACCCAUUGGGAUGUCCCCCGUGCAAGUUAGCCAAGCUGUCUUGCUGCGAUACACCUGAUGGUGAAACUGCUAAAUGCUGCCAAGGUCCAGAUGUGGGGAAUAACACGUUUUGCCCAUGUACUACAACUUGUUGGACUGUAAUUCAAGAACGGUUAUCAACUGGUGUCCGAGUUACUGGUGCCACUAGCCUUUUCUUCAGCGUUAUUGAACUUCUAGGAGUAUGGACAGCUCUUCGCUAUCGGCACCAACGUGAUCCUUUACUUGAUCCGAACAGCGUUCUUUGA